AUGCUCGACCCGGCAUCCUAUGCUCCAGAUCCCGGCAACCCACUAGCAUCAAUGCGUCUUCUCGCAUCCACGACGCCCAUUGGGCAAUAUUUCCCUGUAUUACUACGCUUCAUGGUGGCUCUCAAAACUAUCCUGCCAAGAAUCAACCCAUUUUGA